CGAGGCGGACGCUUUAGCGUGGUAGACUGUUAGACAUCGCGUGAUUUUUGCAUAUUUUCUUGAACAUUCAUGUUAUCGUGGAACGUGAGCACGAAUAGAAUAAACCGCGAUCGUGUCAUACACAGUUCGAUAAGUGCGUUACCAGUGUUGUGAUUUAUAUUCAGGUGUGUUCGUGUCACCGGAUAGUUAAGUUUUUACGGUCACGAUAGUGGGGGUUGAGUGGAGUCGAUUUGUUUAUCGGUUAUAGCGAGGCGACGACAGCGAUGACGCGGUAUCAGCGCCGUGUAAAGUAGAUCUUUUUAUGUGUGUCGCCUUUAGUGCCCUGUUUAUCGCUUUCAGGUGACAAGUCCAAUGGUAUCGUGGGUGGUCGUACGACACAUGUACGUGAUCAAAGUGUCGUGUGUCGUGAACUCUAGCGCGACACGACCAGAUGUCGUGGAUAUCUAUAUGACCAACAGUCUAAGCUUCGGUUUCGGCGCUAGCUCAGGUCUUGGCUCAUCUUGCUUAACUCGCAAUGAUACGGAAUCUGUUAACAAAAGCGAGUCAGCGUAUGUGGAGUUCGUUAGAUACAGCGGCUGGGUGGUUCUGGUAUCAGAUGCAGUUUUCCUUAUAUCCAGUUUCAACUUCCUAAUCAAGAUAUUUCAGGAAGGCGAUAAGCGAUCGUCGUUGAUAUUUAUAAUAGCAGGUUUCAUAGCGAUUUUGCUAUCGUUCCUAUAUGGAAUGCUGUAUGUAUCGGCUUGCGUGUACGUGGGAGGUUUAUUUCCAAUCUUCGAGUUCUUUUUUGCAUGUUUUGACUUAAUAGUAUGGGUCUACUUUUUAAUGGUGGUGUCUUCCUUCAGAAAAGGAUCGCAGAGUUCGUAGAAGAGAAAACAUGACCAAGAGAGUUUAUAACCGUAAGAAAUGAAUGUAAUGUAACUCCUACGUUAUGUAUAGUAAGGUAGUAAACCUGCAUGAUGAUUUGUUUCGAAAUUAUGUAUCUAUACGUUUUAUUGCUAUCUUUAAUAUAUUUCUUAAUAUGAAUCUUGGUAUUUGAUAUUCCGUUUCCAUCUCCUACAUAGAAGCUAUAUUAUCUACUACUAUUAUGCACCUGUGGCGAAGAAUGGAAUUUUGACGAAGCCAUUCCUAUGAAAAAUAAAUAAAUAUUAUUUGUAAGAAGAAACGAAAAAGAAAAAGUCAAGUCAUCUGGGAGUUUCUUCGGUCUGGUGAUAAUAUACCAAAUUCCCAACUCCGGGCUGAGAAAUUUCAUCUGAUAGAUUAGUCAUUAAUCUGUGCCAAAUAGGUACUAGGUACUUGUACCAAAUCGUAAAUCUAAGGUUUGGUGUGUGUCUAUGAGUGUAUGUGUUUUGUAUGUCAAAUCCUUUGAUAAAUAAUCUCUGGUCUGUGAUCCGUAUUCAUUGGUCUUCAUAAAGUGUUCUUU